AUGACAACCAUCAAGAUCCAGUCGCAGGACAACCCAACAACCCAAAAGCCUUUGGCUAGCAAGAAACUCAGUUCCACUGAUGAUUCUGUUAGCUCAGGAGCCAGGAGUUACACACUGCUUGCAGUCCUCGGAGUGUUCGUUGCAAUAUCUGCCGCUUUAAUAUUGAACUGGCAGAAAGUGCAGCAUGACACAGUUGUGCCCAGCACUUACGAAGUCUCAAAAAUGACGCAGGCACAAGAAGUCGAGCAACAGCCACCUCCAUACUGUGGAAAUGCAUACGAUGAUGAAUACAUCAAUGGAUGUGUUCUUGCCAUCGAGAUUGGAGAAUCAUAUUCUAGAGUUGGAGCGCCCAUCAAUAGCUCUGUACAGGUCUUCGACAUCGAUGGCCAACAAAAAAUGCCAAAUUAUGUCGCAUAUACCGAUCAUGGUAUUUUGGUUGGCCAGGAAGCAAAAGAUCAAGCGGAGGGUAUUUCAAAGAAUACAAUCUUUGAUGUCCGACGAAUCAUAGGCCGCAGAUUUUCAACAGACCCUUCGCUUCAAAGAGACAUCGAUUCAUUGCCAUACGACGUGGUGAUGCAAGACGACAAGCCCAUCAUCAAAGUCCACCUCAAUGGUCAAGAAAAGUUCAUCACCCCUGAAGAAGUCCAUAUGGAAGUGUUGAAGAAGUUGAAAACAGUAGCAAGCAACUACUAUGGCCAGGACGUCAAUUCCACUAUCUUUACAGUGCCGGCGUACUUCAACGACAACCAACGCCAGGCAACAAAAGAUGCCGGUGUAAGUGCAGGUUUCGAAGUUCUUCGACUUGUCAAUGAGCCCACAGCGGCGGCCAUAGCCCAUCAUGUCGAUCGGCAGGACUGUACAAAUGACGAUUGCGAGGAGUUCAUUGUCGUGUAUAAUUUGGGAGAGAAUCAUGUGGAUAUCACGGUAUCCAGUAUCGAGAUGGGAGUUUUCGAGAUACUGGGAAUGGCCAAUGACAGGUCGGUAUGUGGCCAGAAAUUCGACGAUACUCUCUUGGAUUAUGUAUCUGGCAAGGUUCAAACCACCAGCAAAGUCGAUCCGGAUUCAAGCUUGGGUGUGUUGGCGAGCUUGAAGAGAGAAGUCAAGAAAGCUGAGGUUGCAUUGUCGGCACAAUCAUCAGCAAUGAUCGACUAUGAAGGCGUGACUCUCACUAUCACGCAGAACGAACUUCAGACUCUCCACAAAUCACUUUUCGACAAAAGUGUCGAACAUAUAGGAGCCGUUCUCAAAGACGCAAAGCUCCAGAAAACAAAUAUCUCACACUUGAUCAUCACAGGCAAUACGGCCCAGGUAUCGAAAAUGCAACCAUUCCUUGAAGCCUUCUUCGACGGCAAGAAAGCUCACUCGCUCGUUCCGUCCGAUCAAGCCAUUCUCCAGGGAGCAGCACACCAAGCCGAAAUCUUUUCCAGCGGCUCAGGCUCAGACUGGGUAGGUGCUUUCGAUAUCUCUGUUCUUUCACUGGGUAUCGAAACGAACGGUGGUCUUUACGAGAAAAUCAUCCCUCGAAACACUGUGAUGCCAAAGCGAUCGACUGUGAAUGUCACUACAAUCAAUGACAACCAGACGAAGAUUGUGUUCAACAUAUUCGAAGGAGAGCGACCUUUCGUGGUCAAUAACAAACUCUUCGGAACUUUCAACGUAACAAACCUCACUCCUAGACCAGCUGGUGAACUUAUUGUCGAAGUCACUUUUGAAUUUGAUCCGAAUGGCAUUCUUACAGUUAUAGCAAGAGACUGGGAAAGUGGGAAGAAGACAUUUUUCGUAUCUCAUGACGAACCGCAAUCAAGAUACGACGACGUCGAUAGUAUUGUUAUGGAAGCAGAGAUGCAUGCAGAUGAGGAUUACAGCAAGAUUUCUGCCAUCAACGAGAAGGCUCUUUGGGAGGAUAGAGAUGAGUUUGGAAUUGAUGUGGUCUAUCGAGAGGGUGAAAUGCCCAGAGCACCAUGA